AUGGGUCAACAACAAUCUUCAGAAAAGAGCUCGGGUUCACGGUCAGGGACACCUCAAGCCGAGAGAGAUCGCCGAGUGAACAGAAGAGUCUCGAUCCAAGCCCUGUCGCAGGGUCGCUCGACACCUGUCGACCCCUCGGCCACCAAAGACACCGCUCAUGCGCAGACCACAUCAGCGCACCUCGAAAAGCCCGCCUUGCAACAGUACCUGCAGGCUUCUUCUCCCGAAUCCAGUGCUAGAGCCGCCAAGGUCGAAAGAUCGACAUCUCGGGCGUCGCGCGAGAAGAAGAAUGAAUUAGAACACCGCCCACGACCACAAGCGUCGGUGCCUGUACCCCGGGCUUCAGGUCCCGUGGAUGUGCCCGUAGCCAGGAGCAAACAGGACUCGGCUGAGGAGCGAUUCGAGGACACCACUUCAGCAUAUCAGGACCGGCGAUAUACUCCUGUUGCGCAGCUUCGCCCACCACGCCUUCCGCUUCCUAUUGCAGAUGUCACAAUUCCUGAAUCACCUACUUUGGCACCCAUCGACAAGGGCAACGCAGAUGUUCCCAUCUUUGAGACCGACGAGCCGUUAGCGGCAAUCGAAGCUCAGGUACGGAGGAAGAGUUCAAUGAUGAGCACUACGACCGAGUCUGAGGAGGAAGUUGGCGAAGAACUCCAACCUUAUGCAGUUGAGCCGGCCACUGCCCAGACUGUGCCUACCGUCAUCGAAUGGAAUCACGGUGGUCAACGAGUAUAUGUCACGGGUACCUUUGCCAAUUGGGAAAGAAAAUACCGACUUCAUCCAAGGAAAAAUGGUACUGGAAUGUUUACAACAAUCAACUUGCCAUCAGGCACACACCACCUCAAAUUCGUCGUGGAUGGUGAAAUGGUGACCAGCCCAGACCUGCCCACGGCCGUCGACUUCAACAACUUCCUAGUCAACUAUAUCGAGAUUGCGACCGAAGAUCUUACCAAACAACGGCGAGAGAGUGCUCUACCAGCGAGUCGGUCUGGCGCUCUUGCCCCCGAAGACCAAGACCAAGGCGCAUCCGGUGCACAGACACCAGAAGCCCAGGAUAUGGAAGAACUUCUCGCGGAAGAGAUACCUCCUGGAGACUAUCGCCAGCUGGUUCCUCAGUGCCUGGUCGAUGUUGAUUUGGCCGAAGACACCGAAGAGUACAACAACGCAGUCAAAUUGAUCCAAGACGCACAGCAGCCGCCAGCGUUGCCGCUCUUCCUGAACAAAUCCAUUCUGAACGGUGUUUUGCCGGUAAAGGACGAUAACAGCGUCUUGACCUUGCCGAACCACACUGUCCUGAACCAUCUCAUGACCAGUAGUGUCAAAAAUGGGGUAUUGGCCACGAGUGUGACAACUCGUUAUAGAAAGAAGGUACGUUCUCAUCUAAGUGUCCGCUGUGUGGAGGAAAGAAUCCGCUGA